AUGGCUUCGCCCGACAUGGAAAAACAUUCGCAGGGUGCGGCCUAUCCCUGGGUCCUCGAGCAUCUGCUGGCCUACCCUGGCACAUAUGAAAUCCCCUUGAGAACGAUGUACACCCUUAAUGCCACAACUCAGAAUCAGCCUCAAUCACCCCCGCUACCGUCUAAAGCAGUACCUGGCAAUGCCUUUCCACGGAAAGUUUCCGAUGCCGCCGAAGAGCAACAGAACAUGACGACCAUGACUGCUGCGGCGCAGUUGCGGGCAAACCUGAUGGCUCACAUCUCCCAGCAACCUUCUCAGCCAACCUCUCUUCCCCCCAGCUUCAUUACCAGUUUCGUUCGUCGAUGCUUCCCGCCGGAACUCGAUCAAGUCGACUUUCCGCAAGCUCUGACGGCCAUGGACUACCUCAAGGACUUGGAGGUCCGACGGAGGCGAGAAGUGGUUGCGGCAUUUGAUAAGCUAGGAAUUGACCAAGAAGACAUCAGCCACCGGGACAAAUUGGCGCGCAAGUAUCCGGGCGUACUCAGGUGGGUCAUGGAUAUCGAGGAGAAGGAGCGCAAGGUUGAAGCUCUUUACACCCAAGUAUACAUUGGUCUGAGACGAUGGACCCUCAUCAACGAGCUCUCCUUGACUCCCUUCAACAAAGCAAACUGCAUUGCCAUGCUCAACACUCUCUACCCUCCCGUGGGACUCCAGAACAAGCACUUCGUCCAACCAACAGCUCAGUUGACUUCUCAGGUCCUGGCAUCGCAGAGCGCCAUGUUCUUCAAAUACAUCACGGCCGUCGAACAGAAAGGCACAGCAGUCCUCGGCACGUUGAUGGAUCAGAACAAGCAACCUGGAGAUGCCACCGGAUGGACUCAUCUCCGGACCACCGUGGACAACUACCUUCGCAUGGCAAACAGUGUGAUUGAUGAGUGCUACGACAUCACCGGACGUGGGUGCCAGUCUCCCACCGCUGCCUCCUUCUCCUCGAUUGAUCUGGAGGAUGAAGGACGACGUAAGGUUGACUCUGGUAUCUCAUUUACUUCCACCAGCUCGUCGAACCGCAACUCAGGUCAGAGUCACGUCACCAGACCGAGCACGAGCAGCAGCUUCAGCACUGGAAGUCGCAACCAUAGCCGUCAGGUAUCCAAAGACAAGGAACUACCCGAGAAGCCCUUACCGCCGCCAAAGGAUGACGACCCAACGGUGACUCAGAAGCCAGGAGGAUCUACAAUGGAACGCAUCGCUCGCGAACUUCGAAAGAUCAAAAGUCGCAAGGAUAUCAAAGACGACGCCCGACCCCGGACUGCUGCGGUACAGCCAGUUGGCGCGACAUCGCCAACAACGGAGCAAUACCCUGCGGCUCCCUCUAGGGAUCGUGGGUUGAGCUUCAAACGCAGCUUGAGGCGAAUGAGGUCGAAUUCUGGUUUCACCGAGAACACCACCAUUCGCCCCCUCAGCCGCAACAACGAACCUACUAUUCAAGAAGUGCCCGCCUUCGAUGCGGAUGAAAUGAAGAGAAGAAGACAAGACUGGGAGAGCCAGCAGACGGUGAGGAAUCAGGCCUCACAUGCGAACAUGAAUGUAUGA